AUGUCUACUCAUCUGGACCAGCCAAAUCCGGCGGCAAUUUCUAGUGCUGCAAAGGAUAUGCUCAAAGUUGACAUCGAUGGAGCCGAUGAAACUCUGCAGGUGCUGGAGAAUUAUCAGUCUCAGCUGGGAGUCCCUUUGUCCCCUGAAGAUGAUCGUCGUCUUCUUCGCAAAAUAGAUCUCUGCUUGAUCCCGCUUCUAUUCUUCUCGUACCUAUUUCAAUAUCUCGACAAGCAAGCCAUGAAUUAUAGCGCCAUUCUUGGUCUCCAGACCGACAUGCACCUUGUUGGCCAAGACUAUUCUUGGGCGGUUUCCCUUUUCUACUUUGGGUAUCUCGCUGCUUCGGGGAUUGUGGCGCUGCUAAUCAUUCGUUUGCCCGUUGGCCGCUUCAUGUCGGCCGCUAUGGGAGUUUGGUCGGCGAUUCUCAUGUUGACUGUCCUGUGCGAAAGUGCGUCUGCACUGUGGGCCGCGCGCUUUUUCCUAGGAUCAGUCGAAGCGAGCAUUGCUCCUUCCAUGAGCCUCAUCAUACCAAUGUGGUACAAGAGGUCUGAGCAGCCUAUUCGUCAAGCUUCAUGGUUUAUGGGCAAUGUUCUUGGAGGUCUGGUGGGUGGCCUAUUGGGGUAUGCAGUUGGGCACAUCCAUGGUUUUGCAGCAUGGAAGGCACUUUUUAUCAUCUUUGGCAGUACGACCUUUGUGUGGUCGAUCAUAUGCUACUUUGCACUUCCCGACAGCCCCAUGGGGGCAUGGUUCCUUCAAGAGGAGGACCAGAUCAAAGCCGUGGAGCGUAUCCAGGAUAACCUUACCGGCAUCAAAAGUCACCGUAUCAAGCGCUACCAAGUUAUCGAAGCUCUGGUGGAUCCGAAAACGUGGCUAUUUGCGCUAUUUCAGUUUACACAAAACGUGCCCAACGGGGGCGUGGGAUCGUUCGCCUCUAUCGUUGUUGAAGGCUUUGGUUUUACCACGCUUGAUACUCUUCUUGUCCAAAUGAUUGGAACCGGAUUCCAGGUGGUUUUCGUCACAAUUUCCGCCCUUGGCAGCACCUAUCUGAAGAAUACUCGCACUUAUUGGAUGACAUUCAACACUAUCAUGGCACUUAUUGGCACGGUCAUGAUUCGACAGAUCAAUCCCGAGCAGAUUUGGGCUCGCUUCAUGGGAUAUUGUCUUAUCAUUGCUUUCUCGGCUAAUUUCCCCCUCACCAUGACGAUGAUCACAAGCAACACAGCGGGUUUCACUAAGAAAUCAACUGUCACAGCAGUGGUAUUUGUUGCAUACUGUGCCGGAAACAUUGUCGGCCCGCAAAUCAUGUUCGCCCGAGAAGCACCCAGCUAUCCUUCGGGAUUUGCUGGAAUGCUUGUGUGCUUUUCAGUCUCCGCGAUCAUCAGCCUCUUGAUACGUUUCUAUUGUAUCUGGGAGAAUAGAAAGCGAGAUGCCGCCGCUGCAGCGGUAAAUCUCGAGCAAGACGGCGUUCCUGUGUCUUGGGCCGCCUUCAACCUCACGGAUAAGACAGACCGAGAGCUACAUCAGUUCCGCUAUGUAUACUAG